AACUCCUCACCAAUUAACAUUACAUGCAAAAAAGAUUCUGCAAUAUCUAAGGCAAAAUAAUUUUGGCUGGAUACAGUGGCUCACACCUGUAAUCCCAGCACUUUGGGAGGCUGAGGUGGGUGGAUCACUUGAGGUCAGGAGUUCAAGUCCAGCCUGGCCAACAUGGUGAAACCCCAUCUCUACCAAAAAUACAAAAAUUAGCCAGGUGUGGUGUGGGCACCUGUAAUCCCAGCUACUUGGGAGGCUGAGGCAGGAGAAUCGCUUGAACCUGAGAGAUGGAGGCUGCAGUGAGCUGAAAUGGCGCCACUGCACUCCAGCCUGAGUGAGACUCUGUCUCUAGCAACAUUAAUAAUAAUUUUGACCUUAGAUUACCAUACUAAGUGUGUUAAGGUAUGGUUUUGUUUGAAGAAAUUAUAUAGAUAGCUUUUCUCUAAGCGUUCCCUUGGCCUUCUUGCUUUGACUGAAACCUGGCUCUUCCCUGAGGACACUUGACUGCCCUGUAGCUUUCUCCAGUGAUGACUGUUUUCUCUCCUGUGUACCACUGGGUUUGGAGUCUAGCUGGAGGUAUUUAUUUCACAGAUAGAUAAAUAAAUAGGAGAGAGAAGCCGGUUGGCAUGUAAGAGGUUUUCUCGCUCUAGGGAGAUUCUUCAAGCAAUCACUAUGUCGACAGACACAGAUGUUUCCUUUUCUUCAUACGAUGAAGAUCAGGGAUCCAGACUUACUCAAAAAGCUAAAGAGGCACCAUUCACCCCCAUUGGAAUGGCAGGUUUUGUAGCAAUUGUUGCAUAUGGAUUAAACAAAUUGAAGAGCAGGGGAAAUACUAAAAUGUUCCAUCAUCUGAUCCACAUGUGUGUGGAAGCCCAAGGCUUUGUUGUAGGAGCAAUGGCUGUUGUUGGUAUGGGCUAUUCCAUGUAUUGGGAAUUCUAAGUAAAACCUGAGCCUUAGAAGAAGAGAUGCUAUCUUGGUCUUGUUGGAGGAGCUUGCUUUAGUUAGACAUCUCAUUAUUGAAGUUACAUAUUAAUGUUGAAAAUUAACUAUCUGAGUGGGUUAAGAUGGUAACACGGCAUUUUGAAUAUUGGCUUCCUUUCUUGCAGGCUUGAUUUGCCUGGUGAUUGAAUUACUAGUGGAUAGUUUACUAACUAGGUCAUUAAAGGAAGUAGAGUUAACAUAAAAGAUACAUGUCACCUAAAUAUACUUCAUAGUGUUGAAAUGUCCACCUUCUUAAACUGUUAAGAUGAAAUUAGUUCUAAAGAAGAUAGUAGGCCAAUCCUGAAGUACUCCCAGUUUG